AUGAUGGAAUGUGAUCCUAAGAGAGUGAGUCAAGGCAGAAACGCCAGUUAUGUGACGGAUGACACCCCCAUAUUAAAUCUCGGAGAUCUUGAGAAAGUAAGUAAGUAUACUAUAGACAACUAGAUACAUAUUAAGCCCUCUGAAACAUUCCGCCUUGUUCUCUUGGGUACCAAUGUUGUCCAGCUCCCCGAACAUUGUACACUCUUUUCUGUUAAAAUGCAACCAGAUAACAAACAGAAGAUGCUCUGCUUUCCAAAUAAAUACCGCUACUUAAUUCUUAUAUUAGGAUGGAUUUGUCUCACGAUCCUUUCCUCCAAUAUGAAUCUUUACAAUAUGACCAAAUUGUGCAUGCCAGAGAACCUGAACGGCACUAUCCGUAUUUCUUUUACGGAGGUUGAACACAAUAAUCUGAUCAUGGCAGCUGCUGUUGGAACUGCCCUUGCCACCGCCCCAUUCUCAUGGAUACUUACUCGGUACAAGGCUAAAUAUCCGUUCCUAUUUUCUGGAAUCAUUUCUCUCGUUUCUACCGUACUUAUUCCACUUUUCUAUCAAAAAGGUUUUAUAUGUAUGUGGAUACUCAGAUUUAUGCAGGUGAACAAUGCUUACAGUUAAAUCAAUAUAUUUUAUUUAGGGUGUGGGCUAUGCCGCUGACUUCGGGACUAUGGGAAUCUUGUGUUCGGUGUGGGCACCUCUGUCACAAUCAGCCCUAUUUAUAUCAAUAUUGACUUGCUACAGCUCUCUUUCCGUCCUUUUCUCAUCACCGAUAGUCGGCUUGGUAACGUUUCAUUUAUCUUUUUAAUGUUUGCAGCUUUGCAAUAGCAGGUUUGGAUGGGAAUCUGCAUACUACACCCAUGCCGCUAUAACAACGAUUCUGCUCAUUUUAUGGAUGCACCUUUACGCUGACUAUCCGGCAAAAUCAAGCUACACCUCCCACAAGGAAUGCGAAAAGAUUCAAAAAAAUAAAAGUUUGGCCCACAAACAGAUGAAAAGCAACGUGCCAUAUUCGGUAAGUGUAACAAAAAAGUUACCAAUCUUUUAGAAAAUACUCCGUUCUAAGCUCGUAUGGAUCAUUUGGGUAAACGCAUUCACGGAUAUAUUCUCGGGUAUAUUCUCUCAAACAUAUCAGCCAACCUAUCUCAGCAAAGUGUUACAGUAUGACGUUACUCAAGUCGGAUUCCUGGCCAUAAUGGGUCCAGCAGCCCAUAUACCAUUAAAGUUUUUGUUUGGCACCAUGAGCGAUCAUAUAAAGUGAGUCCGCUAGUCUUGCGAUUACAGAGGGUGUUUCAAGAAAUAUUCCACAAAGCUUCGCAAAGUAAUAUUUGCGAAUUUUGUUUGUGCUUUUUGAAGCCAUCCAAGAAGUUUAAAUUGAUUUUAAAAUUUGAAUUUGGGCUGUUUUAUAAGUCUGUCCGACAUGUCGGGGAAAUAGUAGCUUGUUAUAAUACACAGCCCAUACUUAUUUACCGCAGAUGAAACUAGGCUUGUCACAUCUGGGAAAAUGUAAUCUGUUAGUUUCAUAGUUUGGCGAAUGUUUUACUAUUGGCUCGGCGGAGAAGUUUUUACCGACGGAGCCGUUUUGCGGGAUUUUGAAUCGGAUUGAAAAAAAGGUGACAAAUUGUUUGCUAGGCACUUAAAACUCAUGUAGCUUGUCUUGGCUUUUUCUCAUCUUUAAAGGCCGGCGGAGGUAUUUUUUUUUGAGAAGUGUCAAAAAUCCGGGAAUUGGACAAAAUGACUGCCAACCCCAAUUUUUCGUUUUUUUUAGAUCCGAUUGACUUUCCUUGCUCCGGCGGAGCAUAAGGUAAACCAAGGAAGUUCAUCUGACGGUGCAAACUGCACAAAGAUACUAGUCGCGGAAAAAAGUCCUGGGAUUUUUCUGCGACUCUGCACUGUGCAUGAACCCGAAAAGUGCUUUUGCACAGUGCAAUUUUGUUGAUUUUGCCUUAUUGUCGCGCGCGAUUCCCGCGACAAAUCAACUUUUCGGGGCGCGACGGAAUUUGGGGGGCGCGAGAAAAUCCCAGGACUUUUUUCCGCGACUAGUAAAUAAUUUGUGGAAUAUUUCUUGAAGCAUCCUAUAGCAGGCGGUCGAGCUUUAUAUGAUAUAGCGAUGGUUACCGCUCAUGUCAACGUCCCUUCAGAUCAUUCAACGAACGACACAAGAUGAUUGUUUUCAAUUCGAUAGCAGUAUUUGGUCCGGCCUUAUCGUAUUUAUUCUUGGCAUUUUCCCCGACGGACCGUCCUAUUCUCUCAAUAUUAGCUUUUAUGUCCAAUGGAAUUUUCUUUUCAACUGCCGGUGGGGGAUUCUACAAAUGCGCUACAAUUUGCUGUCGACAAUACGCUCAUGUUAUAAUUGCCAGUAUGCAAUUUACGAAAGCGCUUACAAUGUUUCUAGGGCCAGUCCUCAUGAACAUUUUUGUCCAUGAUAUCCAUGAUCAAAGUCAAUGGAGACUCAUAUUUCUUUUACUUUCUGGAUCGUUAUUUAUAGCUAACAUAUUAUUUGCAAUUGUAGCAACCGAUGAACCGGCUGAGUUUACUAAAACCGACUCUGCAACUAAUGUUAAACCUCCUCGAAACCUCAAGCCGACAUAA